AAAUUUAGUUACAUUCGCAUUAAAAUCUUAGUUUCAUACAUCAUGGCCUUGAUAGCUCCCACAAUAACUUCACUUCCUUGUUCUGUUUCAAAACAUUCAAACAAUCCUCCAACGUUUCUGAUCUCGAAAUUUCACAAUGCGGUCGCUUCAUCAUCGUCUGCAAAAACUGCUAACAGAAUGCUCUCGAGCUAUGUCUACUCUCCGGUUUCUAGCACUUUGAAGAAGUUUGAUCACAAGACAUCCAUAGAAUAUUCACACAAAUUGAAUAUCAAGAAGGUCAAGAACAUACUAGUUUCAAACCGAGAUGAUCCAUUUGAGAACUUGGAGAUGAUAAAUGCCAUUCAAGGUUUAGGCAUUGAUCUCUAUUUCCGACACGAGAUCGAUCAAACUCUUCACAUGAUAUACAAAGAACCCACCCAUUUCUACGGACGUGAUCUUCGUGAGGUCGCGCUUUGCUUUCGAUUGCUGAGACAAGAAGGUUACUAUGUUCAAGAAAGUAUUUUUAAAAACAUCCUUGACAAGAAGGGUGGAUUGGAAGACAACCCAAAAAAUGACGUGAAGGUUCUAAUAGAAUUGUAUGAAGCUUCCGAGCUCCGUGUAGAAGGCGAAGAAACACUUGAUGGAGUGAGAGACUUUACAUUUAACUGCCUUAAUGAACUUUGCUCAGGUCGAAAAAGUCAUCAAGAGCGAGAGAUAAUGAGUUCUUUGGCGCAACCUCGCCACAAAACCUUAAGAAGAUUAACAUCAAUAAGGUUCAUGAGCAUGAUCAAACUUGCUGGUCAAGAAGAUAAAGAGUGGUUACAAUCUCUUUUACUAGUGGCUGAGAUUGAUUCCAUUAGGUCGAAGUCCCUGAUUCAAGAAGAAAUGUCUCGAAUAUUCAAAUGGUGGAGAGAGCUUAAUUUAGAAAAAGAGCUGAAGAAGGCAAGAAACCAGCCAUUAAAAUGGUACACAUGGUCCAUGGAAAUUCUUCAAGAUCCAACCUUAACCGAACAAAGGCUUGAUCUUACAAAACCGAUAUCGCUUGUUUACGUUAUAGAUGACAUUUUCGAUGUUUAUGGAGAGCUAGAAGAACUUAUCAUCUUCACACAAGUUGUUGAGAGAUGGGAUCAUAAAGGGCUUGAGACACUGCCGAGAUACAUGAAGGUUUGCUUUGAAGCUCUAGAUAUGAUCACAAUGGAGAUUAGCAUGAAGAUCUGCAAAUCACAUGGUUGGAACCCAACAGACGCUCUUCGAAAAUCGUGGGCAAGUUUGUGUAAAGCAUUCUUGAUAGAAGCAAAGUGGUUUCAUUCGGGUUACUUACCGAAUACUGAAGAGUAUAUGAAGAAUGGGGUUGUGAGUUCAGGUGUUCAUUUAGUGAUGCUCCAUGCCUUCAUCUUGUUAGGCGAAGAACUAACAAAAGAGAAAGUCGAACUAAUUGAGAGCAACCCGGGGAUUGUAUCAUCUGCAGCUACAAUUCUCAGGCUCUGGGAUGAUCUCGGAAGUGCCAAGGAUGAGAACCAAGAUGGAACUGAUGGAUCAUACGUAGAGUGUUACCUGAAUGAGUACAAGGGAUCAACUGUUGAUGAAGCAAGAACACAUGUUGUCCAGAAGAUAUCUAAAGAAUGGAAACGCUUGAACAGGGAGUGUCUGAAUCCAAGUCCAUUCUCAAGAUCAUUCUCCAAAGCUUGUCUCAACAUUGCAAGAACAGUUCCUUUAAUGUACAGCUACGAUGAUGAUCAACGACUUCCCGGUCUCGACGAAUAUCUCAAGUCUCUAAUGUAAAAAAGUUCCCUUUGACGCUCUGGAUAUAAGCAGUCUGUAACUCUUUAUAUAAGACUACAAGAACUUUGAUCUGAGUAAAUAAGUCCUUAAAGGUCAG